AUGUCGGGGCGCUCAAGUGGCGGUCGCUCAAAUGUCGGUCGCUCAAAUGUCGGGGUCGCUCAAUUGUCGGUCGCUCAAAUGUCGGGGCGCUCAAGUGUCGGCGCUCAAAUGUCGACGCUCAAAUGUCGGGCUCUCAAACGUCGGUUAAUCGGCCUCUUACCCUCAAUUUGGCUGGACGAUAGCUCGCAAGAAAAUUCUCUUGAUUCACUACGUAUACAAACGUUAUUUCGAGAAAUCAAUAACGAUAAUUAUUUAUUUUUUGAUAGAUCUGAUAAAUUUCUAUUUGAGAUUGAAAAAUUGACAAUGAAACAUAUAAAACUGUUAGUUGUGAUGUCAGAAUCACUUGUUAAAGAAGUUCUACCUAAAAUAAAUAAAGACAUAACAAUAAUAAUGGACCGUUAA